AUGUACCGAGUUGCAGGUCCGACGGAAUUUCUGGCUAUCACAGGCCGUGGAAUCAAAGAUGUAAAGAUCGCGAAGAAGGCUUUUAUAUGGCCAAUAUUGCAGAAGUGCCGUUGCUUUGAUGUCUCCCCUGUAAUCUACAACUUGGACUUGAUAGCUAUGUCGGUAGAGAAACUCUUAUUCGCCCCCCAAGGAGUCUUCAUCGUCGGCCCCAACAUCCACGACAAGCACGCGCUUCUCCUCUAUGCCAAGCUGAUCCUCCCCGAGAGAGAGAAGGACUCCACCUAUCUCCGCCGGCAUCUGCGGGGUUUUAUUGAGGGUGAGACUCGUGCUCUCGCUGCUUCCAUGACUAUGGAAGAGAUUUUCAAGGGCGCAGUCGAAUUCAAGAAAGAGGUUUACAACAAGGUUCAGCUUUCGCUUAGUGAGUUUGGUCUCGUCAUCUACAACGCCAACAUGAAACAGCUUAUUGAUAUUAAAGACAACUGGUACUUUUCCUAUAUUGGACAAAAGAUGAAGACGGAGGCUGCCAAUCAAGCCAAGAUCGAUAUCGCUGAAGCCACCAAAAAAGGAACCAUUGGUGAGAAGCUCAGGCAGGCUCAGACUAUCCAGAAUGCUGCACAGAUUGAUUCAGAAACUAAGAUAGUAAAAACUCAAAGGCUCGCAGAAGGAACAAAGGGGGAGAUUAAGGUUAAUACAGCGUUGAAAGUAUUUGAGAACCAAAAAGCAAGUGAUGUGCUACAAUCAAACAAUGUGUUGGCAAUGAAGAAGGCUAAGUACGACAAGGAGACUCAACUAGCAAAUGUCGAGGCUAAGAAUGUCGUUGAUAUAAGGGAGGCUGAGCUGAAAACCAUCCUGGAGAAGAGGAAUGCGGAGGCUCAAACCGAGAAGCUAAAUGCAGAUUUACUGAGUAAGGCAACAGUAAAUUAUGAGAUCAAGGUUCAAGAAGCAAACUGGGAGCUUUACAAGCAACAAAGAGCAGCAGAUGCUAACUUUUACGGGAAACAAAAGGCUUCUGAGGCGCAGAAAGUAAGCGCGGAGGCGAGCUCCUUUGCACGACAGCAAGUUUCGGAUAGUGAUCUUUAUGCCAAGAGAAAGGAAGCUGAAGGAAUCAUUGAAAGAGCAAAUGCUGAAAGAUUAUAUCUAAACAAACUCAUGAAGCAACUGGGAGGGAACUAUUUGGCAGUAAGGGAAUACAUGAUGAUGAAAAACAAUACAUUCCAAGAGAUUGCAAAGAACAACGCACAAGCGAUUAAUGGACUUAAACCGAAAAUUAGCCUUUGGUCACAAGGCAACGAAUUGGAUGAUGAUCAUGAAUUGAAUGGUGGUGGGCAGAUGAAAGGUAUUGCCGGGGUGUAUAACAUGGUGCCUCCUUUGCUAAAGACUGUACAUGAGCAGACAGGGAUGCAUCCACCAACUUGGCUUGGUUCAUUACCAAACGCCAAUAGUGUUUAA